UGUUUUUACGUAUUGUCUGAAGCUGUAAAUCUAUUUUCGGACAGCACAAUCGUCAGCUCGCGACGUUACCGACAGCGCUUUACGUCAGAUUUUCCCGCCUAGACGACAUCUGUUGCAUAUAAUUUUGCGCCGUCGCAGUACUGACACGUAUAAAAGCGGCUAUUUUAAACGAGCGGGUAGUAUUAUCAAUGACGCAGGAGCGGCGCUUCACGUCAUAUGUGUGAUUAUAAGCGUAACCUUUGUUUAGCUAAAAGGAAAGUUAAGGUUGGAACUAAAAAGGCAAAACGUUAUGUUACGUCCAAUUAAAAUAAAAUGUAAGGGCGGGCGGCCACGUGGACUCGUAGAGGGAGGGUGCGUGCGGGGUGACUGAGGCCGCGGAUCGAUGCUCCCGGUCCGUCAGUGCCGCGACAGACUCGGGCAGAGCGGCUCGGUGCCGCAAAGACAAGCCAGCGCCACGGAGCACGUGCGCGCGCCCGCGUUAGCGCGCCGCCGAGGGCGCGCUCUACCUCUACACACACAUCGACGACAUGGACGCACUCUCCGAUGACGACGAAUAUAUGUGCCGAGAGCCCCAGAUUAGCAGCCUGGUGGCGACUCGGGGCGAAGCGGCGGCGGGCGGCGCGGCGGUGCAGCGUGUAGGCGCCGCCGUUUGCUGCGCCGUGGAACGCUUCGUGGCCGUCGGAGAGACCAUCGCAGAUGACAAUCCAGAUGUACGUCACAGCAUGGUGCUAGCGUGCAAGGAAGCUCGGGCUGCAGGUCGUGCCAUAGAGCGUGUGUGCGCAGGUGCUGAUGGCGCAGGUAUGGUGUCGGCGGCGCGCGCUUUGCUCGCUUCCGUCACAAGAGUACUCUUAUUAGCAGACAUGGUCGUCGUGCGACAACUCCUCCUCGCUAAGGAUAAGGUGGCGCGGUCGUUAGAUCGCUUAGAGUCCGUAUCUAACUUUGCGGAGUUCGUGCGCGCUUUCACGGAAUUCGGAGGGGGGAUGGUGGAACUGGCAAGACUAACAGCAGAAAGGAGAGCAGACCUUCGUGAUGAAAGAAGAAAGGCUCAAGUAGCCGCUGCGAGAAAUGUCCUAGAAAGGUCAACCCUCAUGCUUCUCACCUCGUCUAAGACUUGCUUGCGGCAUCCGGGCAGUGCAUCCGCGCGGGAAAACCGCGACACGGUCUUCUGUCAGAUGAGGCGAGCGAUGGACCUCAUUCAUUACGUCGUGCGAGACGGGCUGCCGGGUCACGAGGAGCAUUCCCACGAGGCUGCGCAAUGGGAGGCGGGUACGGCGUUAGGCGCGCUACGUGGUCUAUCGACGCAAGUUCGGACAGCAAGAGCCCGGGGUGGCGCCGACGCUGGAAGGAGGAGAGCGCUCGCAGCUACACUUAGAGCUCUCGUCGAACGGACGCACGACUUCACUGACUCUGCAUAUACCUCACACGAGCACAGGCAAAGGAUACUCGCACUCGCCGAAAGAAUAGCCUAUGAGCUCGAGAGACUUGUUGCUGUCGCUGUGUCAUUAGAAGAACAAGGUGGUAGUGGAGCUGCUCUAGAGAGCGCGUGUACGGGAGCUACGAGUGCAGCUUCCGAACUCGAGCGUGCCUUGGUGUCUGCUGCAAGAGAACAGGCCCGAGACUUGUCAUCACUCGCAGACGACGCGAGGAAACUUGCCUCCGACCUUGCACAUAUAGCUAGUUCCUGUGGUGAGAGAGAAUCAGAGAGACUGCACAAUAUAGCGAGCCAGUUGCACGAGCAAUUAGAUCACAUAAUUGAGGUUUGCAAAUUACUCAGACAUAUAGCGAUGUCGGAAACGUUACAAGUGAGCGCAAAGUUUGCUGAAAUAAAUUUGCGGAUAUAUGGGCCACAAGUAGUGACGGCGGCGCGGACGUUGGCGGCGCACCCGAGCAGUGCGGCGGCGCGCGAGAAUCUUGAUGUGUUUGUAGACAUGUGGGCGUGGCUGCUCGCUGACGCAGCGCGCCUCGCGAAGGAGCUGCUCGACUUGACAGACGAAAGACCCGACAAACAACAGUAUAGUAGCCUGCCGAGGCCUGGAAAACAUGGAACGACAAGUAAACCUUUAAAAGCCGUGCGAUUAGAUUCCGACGAACAAGCGAAGAUUGCCAAAUCAGGCUUAGAAAUGAAAAUGAUGUCUUCUGAAAUGGACGCCGAGACUGAGAAAUGGCAAGGUGCUGACGAAAACAACGACAUUGUGAAGAGGGCAAAGAAUAUGUCUUCCAUGGCCUUCGCUAUGUACCAGUUCACUAAAGGUGAAGGUCGUCUCAACACUACACAAGACCUCUUCACACAAGCCGAAUACUUUGCGGAAGAAGCUAAUAGAUUGUACAAAAUCAUUCGUCAAUUUUCCUAUCAGGUACCCGCUGGGACAAUAAAAAAAGAGCUGCUAGAACAUUUAGAUAAAGUCCCAACAUACGUACAGCAACUUCAGUUUACGGUGAAGGAGCCGACGGUAGGCAGAGCCGCUACAUUUAGCAAAGUCGACAACGUCAUCCAAGAGACCAAGCAUCUUAUGAAUGUUAUAAGCAAAGUCGUCACUACGUGCUUCGACUGUGCGAAUAAGGUGAUCUAUAAUACCCUUUGUUCUUGUGUGAAUAAAAUCAAACUUUUCGAACAACACAUGGCACAUAUUAUAAGUAUAGACAAUUAUAUAGGAAAUUUAAAGAUUUUAGUGCAUCGGAACGUAAUGUUCCUUAGGUACCUUUGCCGUGGGAGAAGAGUGUGGGAGUGAUUAAAAGGCACCAGAGUGUUGCACCCGUUAAGUACUUUAAAGAUUAUAUUUCGUUCGUGACUGUUAGACUUGCGGGGGUCAAAAGUGUAUUAACCGACCACAGAUUUAU